UUUGUCGUUUGGAAGUUAUGACGUCAUGCGAAGGUAGGCGCCAUCGUCACAAUCUGGUGCCCCUAGCUGCACUGAUCAGCAGAGAUUUGAAGAGUGAGAAGAUAGAGAAGCCCACAGUGAGAUAUGGGCAUGCGGCUCAGUCUAGGAAAGGGGAGGAUUAUUUCCUGUUCAAGACUGAUUGCCAGAGAGUCCCCGGAAAUUCUUCAUCGACAUUCUCUGUAUUUGCGAUCUUUGAUGGGCACAAUGGAAAUGCCGCUGCCAUUUUUACACGGGAGCAUUUGUUGAAUCAUGUGUUGGGUGCAAUGCCCCGUGGACUUGGUCGGGAGGAGUGGCUUCAAGCUUUGCCGCGUGCGUUGGUUGCUGGGUUUGUGAAGACUGACAAGGAAUUCCAGAGCAGAGGAGAAACAUCUGGAACCACAGCUACAUUUGUAAUAGUUGAUGGUUGGACAGUGACAGUUGCAUCUGUAGGAGACUCUCGAUGUAUUUUAGCUACUCAGGGUGGCACUGUUGCCACCUUAACCGUUGAUCAUAGACUCGAAGAAAAUGUAGAAGAGAGGGAACGUGUUUCAGCAAGUGGUGGUGAAGUGGGGCGGCUUAGUAUUGUUGGGGGUGCUGCGAUUGGUCCCCUCCGUUGUUGGCCCGGGGGUUUAUGCCUUUCUAGGUCAAUUGGAGACAUGGAUGUUGGGGAGUAUAUAGUUCCAAUACCAUUUGUCAAACAAGUGAAGCUCUCAAAUGCAGGUGGGAGACUUAUAAUUGCAUCUGAUGGCAUCUGGGAUGCUGUAUCUUCGGAAAUGGCUGCCAAAUCUUGCCGUGGGUUGCCUGCCGAACUUGCUGCUGGGCAAGUUGUGAAGGAAGCAUUGAGGACAAGGGGCUUAAAGGAUGAUACAACUUGCAUAGUUGUUGACAUAAUUCCUCCUGAUAAUUCAGAACAACCUUCAGCUGCUCCUAAAAAGCAGAGCAAGCUGAGAGCUCUAUUUUCCAGGACGAGGUGCGGAAGUUCUGCAAUUAAACUAUCCAAGAAGCUCUCGGCUAUAGGUAUAGUGGAAGAAUUGUUUGAAGAAGGCUCAGCAAUGCUUGCUGAAAGACUGGGAAAUGAUGAGCCCAGAGGCCGAUCGACAUCUGGCCUUUUCGUCUGUACAGUAUGCCAAGUUGACCUUGCUCCAAGUGAGGGCAUCUCUGUUCAUGCUGGUGCCAUUUUCUCCACCUGUUCAAAGCCCUGGCAAGGCCCUUUCCUCUGUCCUGAUUGUCGCAAUAAAAAGGAUGCAAUGGAAGGAAAACGCCCCAGUGGAGUUAAAGUGGCAUAACUCUUAAUAUUGUUUUACCCGAUUCUUUUCCUUUUAAUUCAUUUUUUCAGAUUGGCGAUUGAUUGAAUCUUUCUGUGAUUUUGCAUCAAAUGUAUAUGUAAUAUUCAGAAAUAAUGUAAGAUAUUUUUAGCAUUAUAGUAAUACAAGCUUUAAGAAGCAACUGGACUGGGUU